GCGAGACUUCGCUUGAGAAAUCGGACAGAGCGAGCGGCACGCGUCAUAUCCAUGGACUACAGGAAUAUCUCGUUUCUUGUGUCCAUCGGUUCUGCGUUUAAUGCUGCAUACCUUUACCUAUUACUGCCACUUACCGCCUUCCAAUGCCCUAAAAGGGUUUUGUUUCUUGUCGGACUGUAAUUCAUUGGGUCCCAUUCAUUUGUCUCUUAGGAGGAACAUGGGAGUCCAGACAAGGGGAGCCUGGGUGGCUAUGGCGUUCUCGGACUGGGUCAGUGGAUUUGGAUUUCUCCUUAUCUUCCUGAUGGAAAGUUUAGCAGUGGAUGCGACCAACAUGGAGCCAGUCUACUGGAACACUUUGAACAGAAGGUUUGGAGAUGAGAGGGGCUACAUACUCUACCCUCAAAUAGGGGAUCGUUUGGACCUUGUAUGUCCUGCCACGAGUCCAUCUGGGCCGAACUCUCCCCCUGAGUAUGAGUAUUAUAAACUCUACCUGGUGUCCUCACGAGAGCAGGCCGACAGGUGUGAGGUGAUGGGCGCCCCGAACCUGUUGCUCACCUGCGACAAACCCAACAGCGAUAUGAGGUUUACCAUCAAGUUCCAGGAGUAUUCGCCCAACCUGUGGGGUCAUGAAUUCAAGAACUUACGAGACUAUUACAUCAUAGCUACCUCUGACGGCACAAAAGAAGGAAUCGACAGCAUGAGAGGAGGCGUCUGUGUGACGCGAGGGAUGAAGCUUGUUCUCAAAGUGGGACAGACUGCAUAUGGCCUUCCCCCAAAGCCCAAACCUGAUCCAGGCCGACCAAGCAACAGAAUCCCAGAUACAGAAAGUGGCUCUAAAGCGGGUGAUGGGAGUGAGGCCGGUGAGAGGGGAGACAGCGGGGCUGUGUCUGUCUCUAACAUUGCCUUAAUCACCGCCGGUGCCGGGGGAGCCUUCAUCCUCCUGAUCGCCGUAGUGAUCGCUGUUGUGUGUUACCGCCGACGGAAAGCCAAGCACUCCGAAUCUCACCACCCAGCCCUUACGCUCUCUUCUCUUACCCCAAAGAGAGGCAGCUCCUGCGGGGCAGCUACAGGAGUCGGCGGGGGCAACAAUAAUGGCUCAGAGCCCAGUGAUAUCAUCAUUCCCCUGCGGACCUCUGACUCGGCUUACUGCCCCCAUUACGAAAAAGUCAGUGGUGAUUACGGACACCCCGUCUACAUCGUUCAAGAGAUGCCCCCUCAGAGUCCAGCCAAUAUUUACUACAAAGUAUGAGAUCAGUGGACACGCAGACAGCCCAUCCUGAAUUUAUGGUACCUCACACACAUGCGCUGUGUCCAAGUGACUCUAUAUGUAAGAGCCUAUUCGCGGUACUAGAACUUGGACCUGAAGUUGAGUUCUAGAAAAGUGGUAAAUCCCGAUUUUAUGUCAUAGCAGCGUGUUUGCGUUUAUUUACACGUGUGUGUCUCUGUGCACGGAUCAUGGAUUUCACAUGCACUCAGGUGCAGGUGAAUUUACAUCAUCCGCUUGUUGAAGAUCCGUUCUGAUGGUUGAAACGGAGUUAUUGUGCUUAUCCUCAAAACCAAACAGUAGAGAGUGAUUCAUACAAAGAAUACCUGUAUAAAUAAUAUAAGUACCUCUUACAUUUUUACACUGGGGGGAAAUUCACUCAGAAAGUGCACUGGCUGAUUGCGUCUGUUUAUUUGCACAUUGUUUUAGUGGUCCAUUCACUAAAGGAUAUCCGGUAUCAAAAGAUCUAAACACCGCCUCUACGCCACAAUUCCCCACCUUGCUAAAUUGCAGAUUAGCACAAUCUGGCAUACUUUACUGGGACUGUACCAAAUCGCUAAGAUCCAGACAACUGAAUGAUUCUUUAAAAUGCCAAAAACAGUUUAGACUCCAUUGUGCGUCUAGAUAGGUUUCCAUUUAAAUGUUUUUUCAUCAUUUGAUGAAUUAACGUGUCAUUAUCACUAGAAACUUUACACAGACUUCUUUUUUUAAAUAUUAGCACAUUGCUAAUUGCUGGUGUUUUUUUUUUUUUUUUUUGAAGACAGAUGGUGAAGACACCAAAUUUAAUGUUCCCUGCAUUUUGGAACAAUCAAAAUGUUUUGGUGUAGUUGGCAGAAUCACGCUGUUUUGGCUUAGUUGGAUCUGUUGUUUUAUGCAUUCUAAAAUAAGGCUAAUUUGCAUGGAAAGGAGGCAUGUUUGCGCUGAAACUGAAAAAAAUGCUUUAAAAAUUCACUGAAAUUUUUGUUUAUUCUAUUCCAUUGCAUUCAUCUGGAUUGUGGCUAGUGAAUAAGAUGCCGAGUGUACUUGGUUCAAAAGUAAUGCAACUGUUUAGUGAAUCCACCCCUCUUUAUUUAGUUUUUCAUCUGAUUGUAAAUGUUUGUCUUUUCUGAACUCGGACCUCCAUCUGAUUUAUUUAUUGAGAAUCAAAGAAACAGUUUUUCAUUCUUUCCACUUCAUCAGCUUCCUAUCGCAACUCCUUAGCGCCCAGUUGUUUGUUUUUUAUUUUUUAUAAACAUUUUUAUGUGAGCCGCAGAAAUGUGAGGAAGGGGUAGACAGAUGUUCGACUAUUUCAGAUGGAGACUGUUCCGAGGUUUCCAAGAGGUUGGAGGUCAAAGUUGCGCAGCGUGGGAGUCCUUUACUCAAGAUGAUCUGAGGGGUCCUUGCUCUCUGCCUGGCCUUCUGAAGUAUUGUGUACUUCAUGAUAAACUGCUCAUUUACCCUAGACACACAAUACCAAACUUCUAUAUACUUAAUACGCACAUCCACAUUACUGCAGUUUGUGUUUUCAUGUGUUAACCCCCGCAGAUGGACUUCAGCUGUGUGUUUGAAUGUGUUUCAAAGAGUUGUGGUUCAAGAUGAAGACUAAGAGAGCUAAUGCAACUGUGCAUCUAAAUUAACUCAGUUACAAACUCUCCACGUCCUCUUUAGUGUUACACAUAUCCAUUGCUUGGUUACAAUCUCGUCUCGACUCUAAUUAUCACGUUUCGGGUGAUGUCUCCAAACCAUCUCUGACAUUAUCUCCCCUGUGCCAGCUUGAGGCUUCAGGUCCACAGUUCAGAGUUAUUUCACUGGAUGAGACAUGACAUCAUCACGAGAGACAGUACCUUACCAGCUGGAGAGACCCAAGCUUUCUGGAUCAGACUUCUCUCUUCAAGUCUCUGUUGAUUUAAGGAUUUCUUGCCGUCAUUACCAUAAACGACUAACUACCAGAAAUGGCACCUUUAUAAUUUUGUUAUGGGAUUUUUAAAAUGUUUUUAUUCUUCCUGUUUUAUUGCUUUCAACAGUGUUAAUUUGAUUGUAGAUUGAGCAAAUGAGAAUAUUUUAAAUGAAGGAAAAACAAACGUUUUAUCCAACCUGCCCUGCUUGUGUCUGUGGUAAUCCUCGAUGGUGACUAGCAUUGGGAACUGUAAGAAAUUUAACAGUUGUCGUUCUGAUUCCCUUUAACUGUCCCAUUGACUAUUCCUUUAGUACAUCUGAAGAAAGAUAUUUGCAUUUUUUGCAUUUGCUGUCCUUAACAGUCUGUUGCCAAAUGAUGGACUUUUGACAGAAUUUUUAAUGGUGACAAAUUCAAUCCAAUAAUUAGUCCUAUGUAUUAAAUAAAAAACUUAAUGUCAAAAA